AUGCGUUCCUCACCCUACUCCUAUCACCACGCCAACGAUGUGAGCGAAGAGGAGGACAACAAUGGAGCGCUCGACUAUCACUUAGCGGCCGCUGUGAGUACAAAUCAUCAGCAACAGCAACAACAAGAAAUUGAACUCAAACUGAAAGAUAUACCGGAGAAGUAUUUGAUGGUAAUUGCCCAUUUCCUCGCUGGCGAUUUCAAUGACACCGACGCAAUGGACCAUGUCAACGGGCCCAUUCUGAAGGCAAGCAUUAAGUCCGUCUAUUGGAUUUUUCUCAUCCAGUAUGCAGCGUUGGCGUUGAGCGGCGUGGCGAUGAAUGUGGCCAUAAUAGCUUAUGCGAUGUACCAUCGCCUCUACAAGGAUGUGACGCACGCGUUCAUCGUUAAUCUGGCUUUGUGUCAUUUCGUGCAGUGCGCCCUUGUGCUGCCCAUAUCGCUGAUGGUGAUGCUCAUACAGAAUUGGAUUUUCGGACAAUUUUUGUGCUUCUUUCUGCCGAUGUUGCAGGACAUCCCGCUGCACGUUGCCAUGAUAUCGCAUAUACUCAUUGCUUGGGACCGCAUGCGCUGGCUGAGUGAUCCCUUGCAGGGCCGUUUGCCGGCGUUUGUUUGUUGCUGCGCGACUUGGCUGACUGGCAUGGUGAUUGCGCUGCCAUAUCCCAUCUACACGAUUUAUGUGGAAUUGGGCAAUAUUCUGACCGAAUACCAUCAGCAACGUCGCGCUGUGGAGAUCAACAAAUGA